CUGCCGUACUCUUGGUCAUCUGCGCCUGAAGCCCUCACGGAUUCCCCAACUUCUUCACUCCUGCCUCCGCUCGAAUGCAAUUAUAACCAUAAUCUCGAUCCUUCAUGCACUUCACCCGACGCCGAUAGACACUACUCCCCCAUCUCUCGUCUCUCCCUCGGCCCACCAUGUCGUGGCCCGGCAGCUCCAAAGACUCUUCGGCGGCGGCUUCGAAGCCUCACCGUGCUACCGAUCCGCGGACACGGUUACUCCAAGAGCACCACGAUAAUGUUUCCGACAACGGCACGUUCACGCCCAUCGGCUCGCGUCCGGCAUCGCCGGGAGACUCUGUUGUCUCGGGAGGCGGCGGCGGCGGCGGCGGCAGUUCAACGCCAAAGCGGAGCUGGUUGCAGCGUGCGACGACGACGACAGUGCUUGCGGAAGAGGCGGGCGUGAAGCGUCCGUGGCUCAUGUACCUUAGCUACUACAUUCCCUGUAUCGCCUGGGUGCAGAAGUAUCAAUUCAGCUUCUUUAUGGGCGAUGUUGCCGCUGGGAUUACCAUGGCGAGUAUUUAUAUUCCAAUGGCACUGUCGCUGUCGGCGAACUUGGCGCAUCUUCCCGCGAUACACGGCCUCUACGGGUUUGCAGUACAACCGUUCAUCUACGCGUUGCUGGGAUCGUGUCCGACGAUGGCUGUGGGGCCAGAGGCUGCCGGGUCGUUGCUGAUGGGUAACGCCAUACGGACGAUGAAUGCGCAUCACGAUCCCGCGUUCGAUGAUGAUGGUGGAGAAGGCAGCGAUUUCCAGAAUGCUCGGCUCGCGGCGACGAUCACGGCUAUGACGGGUGCGAUUGCCCUUGUUGCUGGAAUCUUGAGGUUAGGUUUUCUGGAUUCCGUUCUGAGCAGGCCAUUGUUGCGAGGUUUUAUUUCGGGUGUCGGCUUCGUGAUCUUCGUGGAUCAGCUUUUGCCGGAGAUGGGACUUAUCCCGCUCGCCAAACAGGAACACAUUAUUCAUGCUUCAACUCUUUCAAAACUUCACUGGCUGGUCAGGCAUUUACCACAGACGCACAUUCUCACAUUUGCCGUUGCCGGCAUAUCGUUUGCAGUGAUUAUGAUAGGGCGGGUCUUGAAACAACGGAUUGCCCCACGGCAUCCGUGGAUACACUUCUUGCCCGAUCGCUUUCUCGUUGUGGUGUUGGGUGCUGUCCUCACCUCGAUCUUCCGCUGGGAUCAGCAAGGCCUCGAGAUCCUCGGCAAGAUCGAAGUCAGUGGUGGUAAACCUUUCAAAUUUGAGUUUCCCAUGCAGAUUGCGCACCUGAACCACGCCAAAGAAGCAUUUUCGACCUCAUUUCUCAUUUCGGUUCUUGGCUUCUUCGAAUCAGUGGUAGCUGCGAAAGCUCUGGGAACAAACUUCGACGUCUCAAUCUCGUCUAAUCGCGAACUCAUCUGCCUCGGAGCUGCAAAUGUCCUUGGAGGUUGCUUCAGUGCUUUGCCAGCAUUUGGCGGCUACGGAAGAUCGAAGGUCAAUAAAGCCACUGGCGGACGUACCCCCGUGUCCUCCAUUGUCUUGUCAAUCUGCACCAUCCUAUGCAUUUACUUUGUUCUCCCUUACUUCUACUACCUGCCCCGCGGUGUUCUUUGCGCCAUGAUCUCCGUCGUCGGCGUUUCUCUCCUGGAAGAAGCACCCCACGAUAUCCUCUUCUUCGUCAGGAUCCACGCAUACUCCGAUUUGGCGACGAUGGCAUUAGUAUUCCUAACGACGUUGGUCUGGUCCAUCUCAACGGGCAUCGCCGUCGGCGUCGGCAUCUCCCUCAUCACGGUGAUAAAGCAUUCGACGCGCGCACGCAUCCAGAUCCUUGGACGCGACCCCAUCACGGGAGCUUGGAAGCCUGUCGAGGACUCCCCCAGUGUCGAGCAAACCCCCAACAUCCUCGUCAUCAAGAUCCGAGAAUCGCUCACAUUUGCGAACGCCGGUGAUCUGGCGCGACGGCUGUGGCGUAUCGACCGCUACGGCGAUAGCCGCGCUCAUCCUUCCCUGCCGAGGCUCAAGCAGGGCGUGAGAGGCGUGGUGUUCGAUAUCGCCGGCGUGUCGAGUAUCGAUGGCAGUGGUGCGCAGGUCGUCAAGGAACUCGUCGCCGGAUAUGUCAGCCGCGAUGUCAGGGUGUGGAUUGCACGCGUCAGUGGUGGCGAGGACGGCGCCAUCAUGGUGCGCAUGAAGAGGUCGGGGAUUUCCGCGGUGGUCGAGAUUGUCGAUAGUGUGGAUGAGGCGGUGAGACGCGAGGAUGCGGUCGAGGAGGCGGAGGUGGGCCCGUGAUUGUGCGGGGUUCGAUGUGAUGUGAUGUGAUGGGGGUGUAUCUAUCUAUGAGCAGCAUUUUGGUUUGGCAUUGUUUGCGUGUCUUGAUUUGAUCGAUCGAUGUUCUUUGGCUUUUUUUUUCGGGAGUGCCUGGUUGUUUGAGUUUUUGGCUUAUGCUCCGCUGUAACCGUCACGGUGUGAAGAGGGGAGACGACGGGCUUUCUUGCGUUUUAUUUGCAUCAGCAUGUACCACCUACCUACUAGAUACUAUCUGUAUACUUAGACCGUCGAAUAUACCUACUACAUUUUCGCC